UAUACUUUCUUUAUAUAAGGUAAACACUGUCGUUUCAAGUAGUAGAAGUUCGUACUAAGUCAAACGUCAUUGGGGGAGGGCUCUUCAACAUAAAAUCUAAAUUAAAAUUUAAAAUGAGAAAUCCUUUUAAAUCAUCUUCUGAAAGUAAACCUUGUUUACAAGAAGCUGGUGGAGGAAUGGUUCUGGACCAAACAAAACAAGUUUCAAAAAUAUCAGAAGAUGAAAAUAUGGCUUCAAUUACCACCAAGAAGUCCCAUGAAUUUGAACAUCAAAGAUUUAGGAAUAUGAAGAUUGAGCCCUCCCCCAAACCUGUUUCAAGUUCAUAUGAUGGUGAUGGUACAUUUAUUUGGGAAGAGGACCAGAAGCAAGAAGAUACAGCCGAUGGCCAGGAGAAGAAUGAGGAAUUACAUGAAAUACCUAGUAAUUUUACACAAAUUAACUAUGUUUCUAAUUUUGAUGAGAAAAUUAAGUCUUUCAUAGAUCACUGGACAAAAUUAAUAAACAAUCCUGACAAAUCAAAGAUAUUUAAAAAGAUAAUGCAUAAGUUUCAAAUAGUAAGAGAAAACAAAAAUCUAAUUCCUAAAUGUAUUAGUCUUUAUCCUGAAAAGACUUUAAAAAUUGUUUUUUUUAUGAUUCAAUUUUUAAAAAAAUACCUAAGCUUGAUCCAAAAAAUUGCUGUACUUCGGCCACAAGGAGCAAACUAUGGUGGUAUUGCUCAGUUUUUUGACAAACUACUGAAAAUAUUAUCAAACCAUCAUUCAAACAUGACAGAAGACAAAGAAAUAAAUCAAUAUGCACGUUAUAUAUGCUUAAUGAAAGAUGGUACUCUAAAAAAUUCUGAAAAAUUUUAUCCACAAAAUGAAGACAAAAACAAAGUAAUCCAUAGUGAAGAAUUUCUACUUGAUGAAUUGAAUGAGUUUCUAAUACAUAAUGGAAACAUGGUAAUUGUAAUUGUAAUUUAUUCAAGUAAUAGCCCGUGUUUAAAGAGGCUUGACGAAAUUACCCCAUGCAUGUUUGAAAUUUUUCGCAAUGCUGGUGAAUGGUAUAAGAAGUAUCACAUUACCACUCAUGUAGCAUUUACCAAAAUUUAUGGGAUGUGUGGGCCAAAAUAUUUUCAACAUUUUACCUUUAACAAAAUCUCAUCUCCCGACUCUGUUUUUAAUUCUUACAUUGAAAAAUGUGAGAAUGUUCCUUUCCAACUAAAACACUUGUUGAAGGACACUUACAUAAAGCGUUCUCUUGAGACAUUGCUAAGUGAUGAAAAAAUUGAUAAAAACACCCUUGAGCAGGAUAUUAAAACUGCCCAAAGUAUUCUAAAGACUCGAGCAAACAGUUCAUGUGAUCUGCGUAAAAAUCUCUUGCUCAGAGGAGAGGAAACAAUUCCUGUUUCUUUCAAAUCUCCACCAGAAGUACAGGUUAAACUUCAUGACAAAUUGAGGGAGUUGUGGAAUGAAAUGGUCAACAACAAUUUUAUGAUACCAAUCAGAGAAUGCAUGAGGACAGACUUAAACAAUGCAGUAAUUCCUGUUUUUAAAAAUGAACUAGAGUUACUUCUGGGAAACAGCAGCUUUUUCCACCUUCACCAGAUUCCUCACAGUGUAAUAGAUCAAUUCUUUUUUUACUUAAUCAAUUUAUGCAAUUGAUAAAAAGUUUACAAUCAAUUUCUGUAUUUAGAGAAUAGUGAGUAUAUUUGGCAGUUUAAUUUUUAUUGUAAUUUUACAUUUCCCAUCCGGUUAUUGCUUUUUUGUCAUCAUUUUUAACUGCUCUGUCCUGUUCUGCUCUCCUCCUUCCCUGUUUAUUUUUGCUGAGGCUCCCAUCUCACUUAUUUGUACUUGAUCCUUCAUAGCUAAUUUUGCUUUAUUAAAAUUCUUGU